AUUUUGGAAUUUGGGGACCCUUCCUGUGUUUUCGUACUUCCGGUUCGUACCAGUAGCACCCGUCAGUUCGCUUAAUGGACUUUGUCGUAUAGAAUCCAACUUUGUACCUCGGAUGAAAUUCAACUAUCUUGAAAAAAGUAACCUCGGUUACUUGCUAGCUUUGCUUUGAAGCUGACUUCAGCAGCGUGUGUCAUUAUUUUGCUGCGUGUGGCUAACGGGGACAGCCAAUAGUGCUAACUAACUAGCUAGCUCUGUUUUUAUUCGCAAUCUGCUCGUCUGUUUUUUUUUGGUGAAAACAACGAGAAGACCUCGUCAACAUGGACACAAAGCUGCUGUGCCAGUAACAGAAGAUCAGGCGACAUCGUGGUCUUCAUCUGCAAGAGCACACAUGAGCGAUGCCAGCCAUGCUUACCUAGAAAGUGCUUGCUGCAGUGACCUCUCACCCCAGUUGGCAGCCUUUAUCUAAAGACCAUGUCUGAGAACCAGGCCAACAACAACAACAUCCCGCUCAACAACAAUAACAUGGGGCCCAACAGGAUCCGUAACCCCAACAUCAACCAGAACCCGCUCAUCAACGUUAGAGAUCGCCUCUUCCAUGCGCUUUUCUUCAAGAUGGCUGUCACCUACGCCCGCCUCUUUCCGCCAUCAUUCAGGCGGGUGUUUGAGUUCUUCGUCCUUCUCAAGGCACUCUUUGUCCUCUUCAUCCUUGCCUACAUUCACAUUGCCUUCUCUCGCUCACCCAUCAACUGUCUGGAGGGGGUGAGAGAGCGUUGGCCCCGUGACGGCAUCCUACGUGUUGAGAUCCAGAGGAACUCCAGCCGGGCUCCUGUCUUCCUGCAGUAUUACGACUCAGAGGAAGAGGUGGGCCCGGGAGGAACAAGAGGAGGCAUUGCCGGGCUUAGUCUGGCAGCGCUGCAAGAGGAAGAGGAGGAGGAGGAAGAGGAGGAAAUGAUGGAGAUGUUUGACAACAGCUCAGUGCAGUUUGACCUGGACAUGGAGCCUCGUCUGAAGCCGUCUUUAUUAAGGCGAGUUGGAGCAGGCGAGGAAGGAGUGGUGGGAGGUGCAAACAACAGCCAAGACGUCUCCUUCAGCCAAGGCACGAAAGUGUGGCCUCAGGAGGAGUACAUGGUGGAAUAUUCUCUGGAGUACGGCUUCCUGCGUCUGUCUCAGAACACGCGACAGAGACUCAACAUCCCUGUCAUGGUUGUCACGUUGGAUCCGAUGAAGGACGAAUGUUUUGGCGAUGGCUUCAGCCGCUUCCUGCUGGAUGAGUUUUUAGGAUAUGACGACAUUCUGAUGUCCAGUGUGAAGGCGCUUGCUGAGAACGAGGAGAACAAAGGAUUCCUCAGGAACGUGGUGUCUGGAGAACAUUACCGCUUCGUUAGCAUGUGGAUGGCCAGAACCUCCUACCUGGCUGCCUUUGUCAUCAUGGUCAUCUUUACUCUGUCGGUGUCCAUGCUGCUGAGGUACUCUCAUCACCAGAUCUUCGUCUUCAUCGUGGACCUCUUGCAGAUGUUGGAGAUGAACAUGACCAUCGCCUUCCCAGCAGCCCCUCUGCUCACGGUUAUCCUUGCCCUCGUCGGUAUGGAGGCCAUCAUGUCGGAGUUCUUCAACGACACAACGACGGCCUUCUACAUCAUCCUCAUAGUGUGGUUGGCGGAUCAGUAUGACGCCAUCUGCUGCCACACCAACACCAGCAAACGACACUGGCUGAGGUUCUUCUAUUUGUAUCACUUUGCCUUCUACGCAUAUCAUUAUCGCUUUAACGGUCAGUACAGCAGCCUGGCGCUGGUCACAUCCUGGCUGUUCAUCCAGCACUCCAUGAUCUACUUCUUCCACCACUAUGAGCUGCCCGCCAUCUUGCAGCAGAUUCGCAUCCAGGAGAUGCUCUUGCACAACCAGCAGGCGGGUCAGGCCAACCAGACGGCGCUGCAGGACAGUCUCAACAACAACAAUGCCGCUGCCGGGCCACCAGAACCCGCUGGUGCUUCGCAAACUGGACCCGCUUCCGUCCUUCAGCCCCAGGCCGAAACUCCACCCUCUUCUGCAGCCGCACCGGGUGGUGGCGAGGUGCGCUCUGAGCUCAACUGGGUGGCGCAGACGGCCGCCAUCAUUACAGAAGCACUGUCCUCCUCUCGUCAGGAAGGGGCAGCCACGUUGGACACUAUCCAUCGUCAGGACCUUCCAAGGUCAGGAACCACCGAGAUCAGUGUGGUGGCAGAGUUCUGGAUGGGAAGCGUGGCGGUGGGUGGAGGAGCAGCAGGUGGAGCUAGUGGAGAGGGAGGAGGAGGAGAAGAAGCAACAACAGAAGGUGAAGCUAGCACAGAAGGAAGAGCAGCAGAUGCAAACACGGUUUCCAUAGAAACUAAACCCUCUGUAGGAGCUUCUCCAAUUGGAGUGGCAGACAGUGUCGGUGCUCCGGGGCAGGGUGUCUUACAGCCAGACUGCCCCCCCUCACAUACGGCUGAUAGAGACUGCAGAGCGCAGCAGAGUUCCUCUCACGCGUCCUGAGAUGUCAUCACGGCGAUGACAUCUUCUGAGAGCGUCACAUGAUGCAAGACAUCCCUCCCGAGUGUGACCAGAACAGGAAGUGAAGGAAAAACACUGUCCAGUUGCCAUGUGCACGUGAAUAAUCAAUAAUCAAUCAUCUGUUGGGGAGGUGGACAUCAGUUCUGAUAAAGACACACUUGUAAUGAUUAAACACUGUUUGAUUGAUCUUGUCAUUUUGAAAUGAAGAAAGAUCAUCAUUGAUACUUUUUCCAAUAAACAGAGGAAAGAAAAUAA